AUGUUUCGGGGACUGUGGCUGCCAUCGACACAAACCCCAGCAGGGCGGCUUCGCAAACUGCCGCCGGUGUUCCGGCGCCUCGAGAGCACCAUUGCAGAGAAAUCACACGUUCCUCGAUUCGCGCAGCCGUCCAUCUGGAAAGACAUCAUCCCAAAACCGCUCCGGUCCUGGCCCGGCUCGUCAAAACCCGCGCAGAACACGCGUAACCCAGCUUACUACUUCAUCUGGAUCUACCUCCUGAUCGGAUCCCAAGCCAUCCGCAUCCUUACCAUCAAGCGAGAAGCAGCGGAAGAACAUCGUCUGGCAGACAUUAAGCUACGGCAGCUGCGUGAGGUCAUAGAAAAGCUCGAGCGUGGUGAGGAAGUUGAUGUCGAGAAAGCACUUGGGACUGGCAAUGAAGAGGCAGAGGCAGAGUGGGAGGCAGCCUUGCGAGAGCUCGAGAGUGAAGAGAGGCUGUGGCAGAACAACCGGUCCAGAAGAAGAGCCGAAAGGCAUAAAAGACAGAUGGAAGAGAUGGAUGCGGAUCCGAUCAAUGAGGAGGACAGCGAAGAACUGCACGAUCCAAGACCUCUCGACCGUCCACAAUCCGCUCCAACUACGCCUGGCUUCUACUGA